UCUCUCUCUCUCCCAAAGUAAGAGCAAAAGGGGGACUCAUCCCACCAGGUUCGAUCCCCAUUCCCAUCUCCUCCUCAAUCCCUACCUUGUUCUCUCCCGUGAUCGAAACCCUAAACCCUCGAUCGAUCGCGAUUCCUACAGGAUCGAUCGAUCCAUGGCCCCGACGAACACCUGGUUCUCGGUCCCCUUCCCCACCAUGGAAAUGCUACUCCGACCUUGCUCCUACGAUCAAAUCGACCCCUCCCUCGCCGCCCCCGCGCCAUACCAACGCUACGACCAGCUCCUACCUCAGGCGACGAAGAUGGAGGCGAUCGUCGUCGGCGACGGUGAAGGAUCGGCGCCGGAGCCUUUGGAUCCGAGCACCGAAACCCUAAUCGGAGCUCCGGGCUCGUCGGCGCCGCCGCCGCCGCCGAGGGGGGAGGAGGAGGAGGAGGAGAGGAGGGUGGGGAUGGGGUCGGUGCAGAGGACGUCGGUGUACAGAGGAGUAACGAGGCACAGGUGGACGGGGCGGUACGAGGCGCACCUGUGGGAUAACACGUGCAGGAGGGAGGGCCAGAAGCGGAAGGGGAGGCAAGUUUACUUGGGUGGUUAUGACAAGGAAGAAAAGGCAGCAAGAGCAUAUGAUCUUGCAGCUUUAAAAUAUUGGGGCCUUAGUGCUGUGACUAAUUUCCCGGCAGAAAAUUAUAGCAAAGAGAUUGAGGUUAUGAAGGACAUGAGUAAGCAAGAAUUUAUAGCCUCACUAAGAAGAAACAGUAGCGGGUUUUCAAGAGGCGCUUCUAUUUACAGAGGUGUAACGAGGCAUCACCAACAAGGACGGUGGCAAGCUAGAAUAGGGCGUGUUGCAGGUAACAAGGAUCUCUACCUAGGAACAUUUGCCACUGAAGAAGAAGCUGCCGAGGCCUAUGACGUAGCCGCAAUCAAAUUCAGAGGGGCCAAUGCUGUCACCAAUUUCGAGCUAAGUCGAUACGAUAUUGCAGCUAUCGCCAGUACCGAACUGCCGAUUGGUUCGUCCGCAAAGAGGUUGAAGCAUUCUAUGCAAGACUCUGAUGGCGAACUUGCUUCGAACGGCUCAUUCAUCCCGGAGCCCACAAAUGGUUUGUCAAAUAGUUUGCCGUCGGCUCUCUUUUGCAAUCUCCUCCAACUUGACCCUCCUAACUACGAGUUCUCAGCCUCUUUAGCUUACUAUAAUAUUGGUGAGACUAACCCAGAUGCAUGCAGGCAGUGUGUUUACUUGCUCUCUGAUAGUAACUAACGUAAACAGUAACGACUCGACAACAACUUAAAAGUCGUGGGGGGUGGAGCUCUCCCAUUGACAUAGCCCUUAAUUAUCUUACUGAUAAACUAAUCUUUUGAAGAUGGGUAGUUGCCUGUGUAGUUCUUUUUUGACUCCUUUUUAUCUUUUGC